GUCCUUCAAUAUUAACCUCAUUUGAAGCUUAUCUGUUGGCCCUAAAAGACUAUCUGGUGAAUGGAUCCAUCUAGCUCACAUGCUUCAAAACAUGAUGCUGAGUUGAUGACCUUGCUCGAGGCCUUUGGUUCAGCUUGCUCCCUUGAAGAGAUAGCAUAUGCUUAUUGCGAAGCAAAGGGUGAUAUGAGCAAGGCUGGUGAUAUCCUCUUCCAGCUUCAAGAAAAAAACUCUAAUGAUGUAUUUCAUGCUCAAAAUGGUGAGAUGAAUAUUUCUCAAUCGGCUGGGUUAUUGCACCAGGAUAAUAUUGAGAGUUCAGCUUUUACACGCAAGAAUUCUAAGGGAGGAAAGCCAAGGAAGUUAAGUGCUUCAAUGGGUACUGUGUCAAGUUUUUUGGGCAAGUCGUAUUCCCGUCCAGCUUCAACUUUGCUUGAAUCAACUGCAAAGAGCAAACCCCUAAAGAUUGAAGUGACGGGAUCACCAGAAGAUGAACGUGAUAUGGAAACCACGGAAUCGCAUUUUGUGCCUAAAACAGAGGUUUCAACUGAUACGGAUAUUGAAGAGUUUCUGUUUUCUAUGCUUGGAGAUGGAUUCAAGCUCAACAUGGACAUGAUUAGAGGAGUUCUUGGUCAAUGCGGAUACAAUGUUAAGAAGAGCAUGGAGGAAUUGCUGGCAUUAUCUGCAAAAAACUUGGACAAGAAUAAUUCAGUGGACAAUAAUGUAGUGAGAAAAUCGACAAGUAGAUGUUCAAAGUGGGAAACUGCCGCUUCUGAGGAAAAUUAUCUGAAAUCUUCGACUCAAUGCAACAUUAUAGAACCAUCUUGCCUGGACAAAAAGAGUUCUAACAUGUCAAGGGAAGUGCUACAAGCACUGUUUAGUGCUCCUGAAAGAUUGGAGGAGGAACUAAAACCAAAACGCCUAGAAUGGGGGUCAAAUAGAAGCAGAGUUGUUGGACAAAAGCCAGUUACGAAACCUCUAGAGGACCUUUCUUUAUCAACUAAGAUAGAAGAUCAAAAGAUGAAACUUGACGACAAAGAUGUUGUAGAUGAGGAGGAUGACUACCAGAUCCUUCGGAGAGCUGCAAAACAGCACUGGGAUGCAAUGAAGACAUAUUAUGAAGCUGCUGUAGAUGCUUUUAUGAAGGGUGACCGCAAGAAAGCCACCUACCUUCUAGAGCAAGGAAAAUAUCAUAACCAAAAGGCUCGAGAAGCAGACGAGAAAUCUGCUGGGGAGAUACUUGACACAAGAAAAUCUGACACCCAAGGGGAAGUUAUUACCCUUGACCUGCAUGAUCAUCGUCCCAAGGAGGCAUUAAGUUUGUUGAAGUUACAUCUACGUUCGCUAGCCAACAUUCCAUUAGCUUUUAGACACUUGAAAGUUAUCGUGGAUACAGAUGCUGAGGAUAUCACAAAAGGGAAAAGGAAACGAAUGGUUGUGAAGUUUCUGGAGAAGGAAUCGAUUAAAUGGGCUGAAGAGGAAGGAAAGCCUGGUACAUACUUAAUUCAGCUCGAUCAGAUAGACCCAAACAAGUUGAAUUUUGUGAAAGUCUCAGAGUGAUCACAUGUUUUUAGCUUGCCCUCAGGAUUCCUCUUUCCCAGUGAGCAGCAAACACGCUGCUAGGGAAUUCCCAAAAAAGGCACUCUUUUUUCUCUUGAACGGUGGUAUACUUGAAAUUUUGGUAGCUUGAAAUGAUCAUGCACAUAGCGGAAAAUGAACAGAAAAAAUAUAUAUUUAUUGUUUUUUAUUUCUUUCUUUUUGGUUGAAUCACCAAUUUGCAGCUUGAUUUAGGAAGUAUUAUUAGAUUAUUUGCUCGUUGUUAGCAAGUUAAUGAAAAGGUGACGUGCUAGAAUUAUUCUUAUUGA